AUGUCUGUUGAGGGACACACGAGAAAGCAAGUUCAGAUGCACGCAGUUGCAAGAAAUAUCACCCAGCAGUUUGUCUCUAAAGCCCCUCCACAAUUUAAGGAUACUUUUGCAUAUGGCAAAGUUUUUUAUUCUUCGCUAGACGGUCGGCCAGUAACUGUUGAAGAAUACGUGCCAGGAGAUUUCGUUAAAUACGUAAAUAAUGACGGCCAAUGCUUGGAAGCCCCUAGUGAAGAAUACGAUGUCGCAUUCGGGAAAGCAGAAUGUCUGGUGCAUUUCAGUUACAACUAUUCAAAUAAGAAAAUGAUGCUCUUAGAUAUACAAGGUUCAAUGUUUAAUCUUUACGAUCCUGAAAUUGCUACCGCAGAGUUGAAUGAUGAAUUGGACGACUCGGGAGAAUUCUAUUUUUGUGCUGGCAACUUGUCAUGUUUAAGUAUUAGUAAAUUCAAUAGGUAG